AUGUCCUUGGGAGACAUCUGUUAUAAAUAUGAAGUAAUUACAGCUACAGGGGACCAAAAGCUAGAUCAUGUAGAGCGAAGUAGUAGCAUGAUUGAUGGCGACUUUGGCCACGAGUCUCGGAACCUCUGUGUUGGGGAUCUUUUGCGGGAGGGACCGGAAAGGAGGGGGAUCCUUUCUGUGGCCGUGAGGGGAGGCCGCAAGCUGAUCUCUUCCGGGAGUCGUUUUUCAGCAGUGCUUGGGUCUGGGUUUCGGGACGCACGGCCUGACUGUCCUCGCUUAACCAAGUCGGCAGUUUGUUCAGAGAACCAGCUCAGUUGGACUCUACCGAUUAAACCAUGGGUUUUCAGUGAAUACAAAAUCAUGUGGUUUAAAUCCUGUAGAAUGACUUUUGCCUGCUUGAAUAGAAUGAAAAGUUACAGGUACCCUUGGACAAGACCGUACAGCACUUCUGGAACCACUGUAGACAGCAGUGAGGUAAAAACCUUCCUGGCCCUGGCUCACAGGUGGUGGGAUGAGCAAGGAGUGUAUGCGCCUCUUCAUUCUAUGAACGACCUGAGGGUACCAUUUAUUAGAGACAAUCUUUUAAAAACAGUUGCUAAUCACCAGCCAGGAAAACCUUUGUCUGGGAUGAAGAUUCUUGAUGUUGGCUGUGGUGGUGGAUUGUUAACUGAACCUCUAGGGCGGCUUGGGGCUUCAGUUAUUGGAAUCGAUCCUGUGGAUGAGAACAUUAAAACAGCACAGCGCCAUAAAUCAUUUGAUCCAGUCCUGGAUAAGAGGAUAGAGUACAGAGCAUGUUCCCUGGAAGAGAUUGUGGAAGAGACUGCAGAAACAUUUGAUGCUGUCGUAGCUUCCGAAGUUGUAGAACAUGUGAUUGAUCUAGAAACAUUUGUACAGUGCUGCUUUCAAGUGUUGAAACCCAGUGGUUCUUUAUUCAUUACUACAAUCAACAAGACCCAGCUGUCUUAUGCCUUGGGAAUUGUUUUUGCAGAGCAAAUUGCAGGUAUUGUACCAAAAGGUACUCAUACAUGGGAGAAGUUUGUUUCACCCGAAAAGCUAGAGAGCAUUCUGGAAUCAAAUGGUCUGUCAGUUCAGACUGUGGCAGGAAUGCUCUACAACCCUUUCUCAGGGUACUGGCAUUGGAGUGAAAAUACCAGCCUUAACUAUGCAGCUUAUGCUGUGAAGUCCGGGGUUCAGGAACACCAGGUGCCAGCUGAGUUUGUUUUAAAGGAGGAAGCAGAAGAGCUCCAAGCCACAGCCUCUACCAACCCAGCUGUGCAUGAAGAGCUGAAGAAAUGAAUUGUUUCUAGAGACUGUAGUAAUAUGGCUUGAAAGUCUGAUGUUUACAAAUACAAAGAAUAUAUAAUUUGUCUUUGGAGAGAGGAUCAUGAAGAAAAGAGAGUCAAUAAAAAGGGCUAAGACCUUGGAUAAAAGUUUUUGUUGUUUUAUCUAAUAGCCACUUUCAAGGGAUUAUUCUAUGGAUUAAAAAGGUUUGUCAAGGUAUUGUGUGAUCUAGGAGUUUAAGUUCCUCAGCCUUAGUUUAUAUAAAUAGGGUGUGCAUAUUUCACUUCAUCUUACAUAUAUGUGUAUGGUAUAAUAUGAUUUACAGCAAUCUGUAUCAUCUAUGUUCUUCUUGAUUUGGUUUUAGUUAAAGGCAGUUAUGCUUCUGACUGAUGAAAACCAAAUGUAGUUUUAUACCACUUAUACUUGGGAAGAUAAGACACAUUUUUUUCUUUUAAAUUUUAGUUUGUUGGAAAGCAAAUGGAAUGUUAAAUAUAUACUGGAUUUGGAUUCAAACAUUAAAAUCAAGAAGUUCAGAUGA